GUGAGGAGGCUCCAGCUCCCAAGGGGCUAAGAAACUGGAGCAUUGGUGAAGGGGGAGGAGCUGAGCCACACUCUAGCAAGACCCCCUCCAUGCCUCACCCCCGGGAAGCAUGAACAGGAAAGACAGCAAGAGGAAGUCUCACCAGGAAUGCCCAGCAAAGACAGGAGGGCGGGGCCCGCCCCGACAGGCCCGCCGCCACAAGACAUGCCCCAGUGCCCGGGAAAUCAGCAAGGUCAUGGCUUCCAUGGCUCUGGACAUGCUGAAAGAGGGCGGCUGCAGCGAGGACGAGCUGCUGGAGAAGUGCAUUCAGUCCUUCGACUCAGCUGGCAGCCUGCGCCGCGGGGACCACAUUCUCAACAUGGUACUAGCCAUGCACAGCUGGGUGCUGCCUUCUACCCAGCUUGCUGACCGUCUGCUGACCUUGUACCAGGAGGCCACAGGGAACACACAGGAGCUGAGGCGGCUACAGAUCUGUCACCUGGUCAGGUACUGGCUGACCCAACACCCUGAGACUGUGCACCAGGAGCCCCAGUUAGAAGAGGCUCUAGGUCGCUUCUGGGCCACUGUGGAGCAGGAAGGCAACUCAGCCCAGAGGAGUCUGAGAGACUCCAACCUCCUGAGUCCUGGUGGCCCUGGCCCCCCGCACUCCAUGAGCAGCCCAGGACUGGGCAAAAAGUGCAAAGUGUCCUUGCUUUUCGACCACCUGGAGGCAAGGGAGCUGGCUCAGCAUCUCACUUACCUGGAGUUUCGGUCCUUUCAAGCUAUCACGCCCCAGGACCUGCGAAACUACGUUUUACAGGGCUCCGUGCGGGGCUGCUCGGCCCUGGAGGGAUCGGUAGGUCUCAGCAACAGCGUGUCCCGCUGGGUGCAGGUCAUGGUGCUGAGCCGUCCCGGGCCCACACAGCGAGCACAGGUGCUGGACAAGUUCAUCCAGGUGGCACAGAGUCUCCACCAGCUGCAGAAUUUCAACACACUGAUGGCAGUCACUGGGGGCCUGUGUCACAGUGCCAUCUCCAGGCUCAAGGACUCCCACACCCACUUGAGCCCUGACAGCACCAAGGCCCUGCUGGAGCUGACGGAGCUGCUCGCUGCCCACAACAACUACUCCUGUUAUCGCCGCGCCUGGGCUGGCUGCACAGGCUUCCGGCUGCCUGUGCUGGGUGUGCACCUUAAGGACUUGGUGUCCCUGCAUGAAGCACAGCCCUACAGGCUGCCUGAUGGCUGCCUGCACCUUCCCAAACUCAACAGCCUCUACCUGCGGCUGCAGGAGCUGGCAGCCCUCCAGAAGCAGCACCCCCCCUGCAGUGCCAACGAGGACCUGCUGCACCUGCUCACGCUUUCCCUGGAUCUCUUCUACACCGAGGACGAGAUCUACGAGCUUUCUUAUGCCCGGGAGCCUCGCUGUCCCAAGAGUCUGCCACCCUCCCCCUUCAAAGCACCCCUGGUGGUGGAAUGGGCCCCUGGUGUGACGUCCAAGCCUGACAGGGCCACCCUAGGUCGGCAUGUGGAGCAGCUGGUGGAGUCCGUGUUCAAGAAUUAUGACCCUGAGGGCCGAGGGACCAUCUCUUUUGAGGACUUUGAGCGACUCUCAGGAAACUUCCCCUUUGCCUGCCAUGGGCUUCACCCACCCCCCCGCCAGGGGAGUGGCUCCUUCAGCCGUGAGGAGCUGACGGCGUACCUGCUGCGGGCCAGCGCCAUCUGCUCCAAGCUGGGCCUGGCCUUCUUGCACACCUUCCACGAGGUCACCUUCCGCAAGCCCACCUUCUGUGACAGCUGCAAUGGUUUCCUCUGGGGUGUCACCAAGCAAGGCUACCGCUGUCGGGACUGUGGGCUGUGUUGCCACAAACACUGCAGAGACCGAGUGAAGGAAGAGUGUAAGAGACCAGGGGCCAAGGGCGAUGUGAGCCCCCCCGAAACCCCCAUCCCACCUACACCAAUACCCCACACCAGCUGUGGCUCUGAGGACAAUCUCUCCUACACACACUCCCUGGAACCUGAGACGGGGUGCCACCUUCACCAUGCCUGGACCCAGACAGAGCCCCCACACCCUUCCUGGGAACUAGAGACGGUUCCCCUCCCAGUGAUGGCCUCGCCACCCAUCCAGUCCUCCAAGCCAAAUUCCUAGACAUCACCUUGGUCUCCUCUCCACCACCACAGAGCCAGUCCCAAGUCAUGUUCUUCCGCCUCCAGCAGAACUCCCCAGGGACCAUCCCUUUGCAUCCAUGCUGCCUUCGUUAAAGCAUCCCUCAUCUCUUACCCCUGAAAGUCAUCUUCUUCUCUUGCAUCAGAGUAGCUAUUUAUCGUACUCCCUCUCCCUGCACUUAAAGUGUGCAGCUCCGCGUUGGAUGCAUUUAAACUUUAGCAUUAUCUCACCAACUCCUUAAAUCUCCAUUUUACAGAUGAAGAAACUGAGGCUCAGUGAAGUUAAGCUGCUCGCCCAAGGGGGCAGGGCUUCUAAGUGUUGAAGGCAGGACUCAAACCUAAGUCUUCUGUCUGACCAACGUGCUACACUGACAGCGUGGGUCAGGGGUAGGAGGGGAUAGGGUGGUCAGUUUCAAACUCUGGGGUUCCAGAAACAGGGGAGAAGGCUAGAGGAGUGGAAAGGGGAGCCUAUGAACAGACCACGAGGCCCCAUUUCACGCAGGAUGAAAGCCAGAGUCCUCACUGUGGCCCCCUCGACACAAUCUGCCCCUAUUACUUCCCACCCCCUGCCCCCUCACUCAUCCUGCUUUAGCUACACUGGCCUCAAUGGUCCCUGAACAUGCCCAAAAUACUACCUCAGGGCCUUUGCACUGGCUGUUCCCUCUGCCUGGAACACUCUUCCCGAGGCCCACAUGACUCCCUCUUUGGGGCUUAGCUCAAGCGUCACCUUGGUGAGGCCACCCCUCACCAUUAUUCAAAGUUGCAAUCUCCCCAGGGUCCCAAUCAUACCUUCCAGCUUUAUUUUCCUCCAAAAUCCUUUUCUAAACUGGCAACUAUACAUUUGACCUAUUUCUCUUGUUGGGUAUCUGCCCUUCCUUACCAGAAACGUGAACUCCAGGAAAACGGGGGUUUUCAUUUCUCUGCACCUUUCACAGCUUUAUCCUCAGGGCCCAGAACAGGGCUGGCACACAGUGGAUACCCGGUGUUUGUCCAAUGCCUGCACAUCGCCUUCCCCAUGUCCACAGGAAGGGAAAGAUAUGUUGCUGAACAGCAAAGAACUUUGAGAGUCAGAGCACCAAGGGCCUAU